AUGGGCCCAGUGCUGUUAAAAAGAGAGUGGUUGAGCAGGAGGGGAACGUGGUGCUGAAGGAAUGUUCUGUCGUGCUAAAUCCUGUGAGGUUCAGCAGAGAACUCCUGGAUGUGUUGGGAGAUGGAAAUGUUCCUGCUCCUGUUUCCAAACCAUUUCCGGCACAGCAGAAGAAAACUGUGAGACAACGUCGGCCAAGAACUGUUGCCUCCCAGAAGAGGGUGAUCGAGUCAGAGGAGGAAGGACCUGUGCUGGUGGCCAAGACUUCUCCCAUCCCAUCGCCUGUUCGUGUUGCUACAGUGAUGGAGAAGGCCAGCAAACCUCCUUCUGAUCAGUCACUGGAAAACACCAGGAAGACAACCCGACCAGCUGACCUUGAUGGGCCUGGUUCUGACAAUAAGAGAGUGGUUGACCACGAGAAGACUGUGAGGGAAUGUUGCCCAAGAGCUGUUGCCUCCCAGAAGAGGGUGAUCAAUCCAAAGGAGGAAGGACCUGUGCUGGUGGCCAAGACUUCUUCCAUCCCAUCGCCUGUUCGUGUUGCUACAGUGAUGGAGAAGGCCAGCAAACCUCCUUCUGAUCAGUCACUGGAAAACACCAGGAAGACGACCAGACCAGCUGACCUUGAUGGGCCCAGUGCUGCUAAAAAGAGGGUCGUUGAGCAGGAGGGGAACGUGGUGCUGAAGGAAUGUUCUAUCAUGCUAAAUCCUGUGAGGUUCAGCAGAGAACUCCUGGAUGUGUUGGACAAUGGCGAUGUUCCUGCUCCUGUUUCCAAACCAGUUCCAGCACACCAGAAGAAGACUGUGAGGGAACGUCGCCCAAGAGCUGUUGCCUCCCAGAAGAGCCUGAUUGAGCCAGAGGAGCGAACCAUGGACCGGCAGGUCGAGGUUGUGCGGCAGGGCUGUGAUGCAGACAGAACACCAGUGGACCACGUGGAUGACAAUGAUACUCCCACUUCGUCUGAUGCCGCCCAUGAUGUCCAGGAUCACGUGAAAUGUGACCAUGUCAGGUCUUUUAUUCGUGGGUCCUUUAAUCAGGGCGAUCCACGUUUUGGUGAAAACAAAGGGAAGCAAUGUGCCACAAAUAGUAUCACUGCAGUUAUGACUAAUGUGUUAAAAAGUGCUUGGACUUGGACAACGACUGACCUGGACAAUGUUUUGGUGAAUGGUAAUGACUUGUACACUUACGUGAAGGACAAGCACAAGGUUAGUGUUUUAGAAGGUAAAGGUUACAUUUUGGUGAAAGAGCUGCCUACAGAGUAUGAGUUACUUGACAAAAAGUUUUGUUUGGAAUACAUGGAGUCAUUAAGUGGACACAUUGAUGUAGAAGAGUAUCACCCUGCUGUUAAAGAUUAUAUGCUUGUUUGUUGA